AUGGACACAAAGAUAGAUGGCAUGAAAAGCUUCAGAGAUGAAAUUAACAGUAGGGUGGGAUUUAACAACACACAUGCCAAACAAGAUACAGAGAAAGUAAAACAAAUUAUACAGGAACACAUUGAUUAUAACUACCAACUACCAGAGACUGUGAAAUACAUGAAUGAGAUCUUGGAGCAUAUAGCAUCUGUAAUGAGGAAAGAAUCAAAACAGAAUAAGGCAAUGGAGAAUGCAGACUUUCUGCCUCUAACUGAGGAUUAUGUUGAUAUUCUUGCAUACGCUGUCACGGUACUGAACAACAAAGGAUGCAAUGUAGGACAAACAGUUAACUGCACCGUAAACGUAACAGAGGUAACGGAAUAAUAUUUAUCCUUGCUCGACAAGGCAGAGGAUAAUGUGAUACGAAUAACCAGUGUAAUGGUACUGACCAAGGUCGAGGAAGGACAAAUGACGACAAUAAACAAGAAAGACAUAAUCUCUUUCACAGUCCUCAAAUCAAAGGGGAAAGAUCUUCCAUUUAACUUCCAGUCCGCCUAUGGAUCCAUCACUCUACCCUACUGGGAGACUUGUCAGGAUACCAUUGGAGAAGAGACAGUUGCUCUUAAUGUGCUGACAUAUAAGGAGAGUCCAUAUGGGUUUGUAAACAACACAGAUGCUGUGUCGUCAGGAAUAAUUAAAGUGGCGAUAACGGACAAAAACGGAGCAAGAAUCAGUCUUAAGGAUCCGGAUGAACCCGUUGAUAUGACAGUUGAAAUGUCUCAGGUAUUCUUGGCUACGCACACUUGGAAAGAGAUGGAGAGACUGUCAGAUGGCCGGUCCCUCUGUGUCGCCUAUAAGAAUUCAACUUACGCAUCUUUUGUUUUGGAAUUAAAUAUCAAGUCUCAGACAACAUGUGAAGUGUAUGGUAUCUAUGGAAACACAGGCUACCCAACUAAAACUAAACGUGAUUUAGCCGUGAGAACAAAGGGGAUCAAUAAAAUCCUAUAUUCCAGUCCCUUUGGACUUCCCUUAAACUUUGCAAACCAGGUACUUCAGAUAACCAUUCAUAACCCAGAGUAUACCAAGGGAGGAUAUAUGGACCCCCUUGUUUUAACUAUUAAGUGUGCAGAUGAUGUAGCAAAACGAAAGAGAAGACAAGCUUCUUCAAAUAUCCAUCAAUAUCGAAUACAGGAACUAUCCCUGUCUCAGCUGGACGGUGUUCUAUGGAAAGAUCCUACAGAAGCAAAGAUUGAUAAAGCAGAAGGCAGCCAUAUCAAAUUCAAAAGCACCUUUUUUGGGACAUUUGCAUCAAAUACGUUAUUUAUUCCACCAACGGAGAUUAACUUUGAAGCAAUUUUUCUGAAUUUUUUUGAACGCCUUCGGCAAACUCCUCAUGUUCUCAUUACCUAUAUAAUUUUGUUUACGGUGGUUAUGAAUUUGACUUUAUAUCUCAGAAGACUGGACAAGAGGGAUCAUUUUAUUUGGGAGUACUUACCAUUGGCUGACAAUAAACAACAUUAUUCAUUUAAAUACACGAUUUCUGCAUUCACUGCCAUCAGAUCUUCAAAUGUGCUUACAUCCACCCCGUAUUUUGUUCUUGAGGGAUCGAGGGGGUCCACCGGAGACCGUAUUCUUUUUGAUGGACAACGCGAGAACUUCAGAGGCGGCACAUGCAGUAACUUUAUCAUGACAACAGAGGUGAAUUUGGGAAAGCUUAAAAAAUUAACUAUAUGGACUGACAACAAGGGAUCUUCGCCGGAUUGGAAAUUAUCAAAGGUCGUUGUGGUAGACCUUUCUACACGUCUACCUUUUCCAAAAAGUUUAUUUACAUUCCUUUGUGGCGAAUGGAUAUCCCAGAAAUAUGGCAACUGUGACAUGUGGGUAGAUCUUCGCCCUCUGUCUAAGGACGUUUUCCUUCGGCAGACAGUUUUCAGGGAAACAACAAGAAAGGGGUUCUUUGAUGACCACCUCUGGUUUUCUAUUUCCAAGCGUCCACAAUGUAGUCAAUUUACCAGGGUUCAAAGACUCUGGACGCUAAUGGCUCUCCUGUUCCUGUCAAUGGUUGCGUCGGCGAUGUGGUUUAAUCAGGAACCAUCAGAGGACGACAAGGACCCAGACGCUGUUAGUGAAAUCAGAACUGUGGAGCUGGGACCGUUCAAAUUAAGUUACAAACAGCUGUAUGUAGGGUUUAUGUCGUCUCUGAUUACAUUUCUGCCAUCAAUACUUAUUGUUUCUAUUUUUAAAAAUAGAAGACUUAAGAAGAAAAAAGGCUCAGCCAUUUCAAAGAAUGAAGAAAAAUCAAAUCAUCUAACAGAACGUGAAAAUAGAAAACUUCUUCCAUGGUGGAGUGUGUUUUUUGCUUAUGCUUUAAUUGUUCUCUGCAUAACUACUGCAGGGACAUUCACAUUUCUUUACUCGUUAGAGUUCGGUACUGAUAAAACAAAUGACUGGCUAUUGUCAUUUGUGUUUGGAACAUUUCUAGGGGUCCUUAUUGUAGAACCCGUAAAGGUUUUAUUUAUUGCUGUACUUAUUGCGUGCUGUCUGCAAAGAUCCAUAGAAACGCUAGUAGUUCUAGAGGAAUCAUUUGAGGACAUAGAGCAGGACUUUGAAGCUGGACGAGGCAUGGAGGAAACAGAAGCAUUCUACUAUCCCUGUCCAAGUAUCAAAGCCAAUUCUAAAAGGAGCCUAAUAAAAAAGAAAAGAUUUAAACUGGAUAAUGACCUAGUUAACUAUUUUAAGUCAUCACUUCUGUGCAUACUGUAUAUAUUACUACUCGCUAUGAUCUGCUCACACGUCAUCAUAACAAAAGCUUUUCAUCAGAACGAGGCAAUGAAGAUUUCCAUUAACAACAGUUUCCUGGCUAACACAACUGAUGAUAUCUGGAAAUGGCUGUUGAACUACUAUACCCCUGCUGUGUGGAGAAAAAAAUUCUUCAAUGGUGAUUUGAGAACAGCUUAUGAACAAAGAUUUACUUCUGACGGAUACAAUUACAGGAUGUCGUUGAUACAGCUCCGACAAGUUCGUUCCUAUGGAAAUUGCAAUGGUCCAAACGUUGUACAAUACGUCGUUAAAAAAUGCACGAACAGCUAUGAUAUCGAUGCAGAUCCCAUUACCUACUUCUGCCCCGGUUGGGCAAAUUUCAACUCUUCUUGUUUUGAUGAAAAUGAAUUGACGGACUAUAGUUUCCACUAUAAGUCUUCAAGUGAAUUAAAGUCAUUGCCAUUCUUUGGGACAUACGCAUAUUACAGCGGGGGAGGCUACCGAAUGCAGCUUGGUCCUAAGCAAUCAUUGGUCAUGAAACAUAUUAAUGAACUGAAAUCUAAAUCAUGGAUAGAUGGAUAUACUCGUGCAAUUUUUAUAGAUUCGAACACUUUCAAUGCCAACAGCAGACUAUUUACACAUCUGAAAGUCGUCUUUGAGAUUUCUGAGUAUGGCGCCAUUACCAUGACAACAAUAUCUAAGUCCUCCAAUUUAUACCCAUAUGUGUAUGCAUUAGAUUACAUCAUUCUUUGUCUACAGAUAGUGUUUGGAAUAAUAAUUGUGGUUAAGAUGAUUCUGUUUGGAACGAAUGCCUUUAAAUUGAAGUGGAAAUGUUUUGUCACUUUUGGCAUGUGGGUAACCUUAGUCGAAAUAAUUUUGGCAUUAUCGGCUGUAGUGUUCUUCAUUAUCCGAGUAGACAAGACUAUCAAAGCAGUGGAAGACAUCAAUAACAAUAACGGUGCUUUUGUGUCUUUUGAGGAAGUCGAAAUAUGCGACGAAAUGUACCGGAUCUUCAUAGGUGGGGUCUUCCUUAUCGUUAUUCUUAGACUUUUACAGCCAUUGGCUUUCAACUACCACCUCUUUGUCCUUACGAAAUCUUUGGACAAAGCUAAGGUGGAUUUAGUUUCCUAUAUAAUAAUGCUAUCACUCUGCUUAGUGGCGUUUGCCUCGUUCCUUCAUUUGACUGUAGGUAGGACAACUUCCGAUUUUAGAAGUAUGAUAACUUCAUUGAGGACGUUGUUACAGAUGCUACUGUCAAUGAUCUCCUUCCGGUUUAGUGUGGAAAUGUCUUCCAUGCAAGCACAAGUUAUAAUCAGUUUGUUUGCUUUCACUGUUUCAAUUAUUGGAAUCAACAUUUUUAUUGGUAUCCUCACCUGGACUUUCUUCUUUGUCAAACUCUUGCAAACCCAUCCCGAAACAUCACAGGAGCUACGCUUCAAUCAGGAACUAAACGACCACUUCUGGUGGAGAAUAAAUCAAUUAUUGCAAGGAUGGUUUUUCAAUGGAUGCGCACAGAUUGAAAUAAAAGAUAUCAACAAUAAGAGGAUAGUGCAGACAAUUGAAAGCAUAGAUCAAAGGCUUAACAAUAUUCUGAAGGAGGAAAUAGAAUGGACAUUUUAUACGUUAGCAAUGAUGUUAAUUUGCAAGAAAGAAAAAUGUAUGGGAGACAGUAUAAAGAAUCCCCUUUUAUGUCAUAUCGCCGCACAAAACAACAACAUUCAAUACAGAUUUUUUGACCAAUCGUCAAAAUUGACAAAAAUAGUUCUUCACCUCCCGUAUGUGAAAACCGGGGAUGCCCCAGAAAUCGUCUGUCGUCAAGUUCCGCUUUUGAAUUUCACGGCGAUUGGUAUCAGCAUUCCGUACAGCCAACGAGCAAAGACGGUUAUGUUUGAGAUGAUUACAAAGUUACAGGGAAUAAAGGUUGCAGAAUUCUUUUGUUUUAAAAGAUGCAGAAUAACAUUUAAAUGCAGGGCUGAAGAUAUCGUUCAAUAUAGCUACAAUAACAUGAGAACAUGGAAAUCAAAGCUCUUAUAUCAGAUCGAAUCCCUAGGUGUAUUUUCCUGUAAUUUUUCCAAACUUCCGACACACUGUUUCGUGGUACAUCGGCAAGAAACCAUUAAAUUGGACAUUGGAGAACUGUAUACAUUCCCAGAUUUAGAACGUCAUCAGCUUUUGAAAUUUGGCCAGUGUAUUCGACUUCGCACAGAUGACAGAAUAAAUAUUACUAUUUUGCCAAAUGCUAUACAGGAGAAAGGAGAUGUUAUUAUUUUGGUGGAGAAACACUUUGCGGCAAUAUGUCCAGUGUUACAACUCUAUUCUACAAGAAAAAUUAACGGCAAUAUAGGAAUCUCUUUGCCCUUUAAUUACAUGCCCGAGAAAACUUCUCAAAAUGGGGUAACAAGAGAGCUGUGGGUGUUGAUUCGCGAGAAAAAUGCAGACUGGAGAAAGAUUCAAUGCCAAGUAGUGAUGGACUUUGGCCAAAUUGUAAUGAAUAUAAACGGCAUAAAAAUGAAAACUCCCACUGCUCUAUGUGUGAAGGAAGUUGUACUUCCCUGGGGACAACUUGUACCAUCGACACAAGAUUGGAAAUUUCGCCAAGAAAUAAAUUUGCUGAGUCAUGAUACUUGGUUCAAGAGACACUGGCGAGACCUAGCUGAGAAAUGCUCCGUGACAUUGAGCUCAAAGUUUGAUGAAGGGCAUAUUCCCUAUUUUAUUUCCGUAGAGAAUAGGAAUUACGCUUUUAAUAUGAACAGAUGCUCGUUCAGGCGAAUCACUAUGCUUCCGUUUUCGGAUGAGGAAAAAUGUCUGACAGUCUUAUCCACGUGGCUUAAAGGCAUGAGGUCAAGGACAGGCGUGACGUCAUUGAUAUCGUUGCUCAAAGAAUACAAUCUACCUUAUUUACCAGAUGUCCGUAUAUAAGGAAUCAUCCUAACUGGUUGAAACGGUUGCUGUCGCAAAUGAUAACCAGAUAAAAUUUGUAAGUGGAGUAAAGACGACGGAUUCCGAAAGAUUUUAGUCGAAAUGCAGGAUCACUUCAAGUAUUAGAGAAAGGCAAAAUGAUUUUAAAAUUGCAAGAACAUAGGAAGGAUUUCCAACUGACUUUUAUUUUGUUUACCAUAAAAUCUGCUAUUCAUACAAGCAUAACAAUGAUAGUGAUGUUAAAAAUAUAGGGCUGUAAAA